GCAGGUGAGAGGUUCCGCUCUCUCUCUCUCUCUCUCUUGGCAACUGCGGCGAGGACUGGAAUGCCCGCCCGGCACAACCAAGCGAUCAGCAGCGCACCUGUGUGUGUUUCGGUUGCGGCGGCUACGCCCGUUCAGAGAGCGGCUCCCGGCGCCAUGUUUGUCCGACGUCGGCGGCAUCGGUGACGUUCGGCGCGCGUUUGCGGCCGAUUUGAAAGAAGUGUGCGCUCGACGGUCUUGUGCCGGUGGUCACUAUGGGCUGGUCGCAGCUAUCUCUGGGCCGCAAGGCGGGCUACCUAUUCGCCGCCAUCAGCCUAGUGCUCGUCUUCAUCGCCUUCACGACGCCUUACUGGCUCGCCUCGGACCCGCGCGUGUACAGCGCGCAGCUCCUGCAGCUCGGCCUCUGGGAGACGUGCUUCCGCAGCUUCGCCGACCCCAGGGACCUGAACAUGGAGAAAUACUAUGUCGGCUGCCGCUGGAUUUUCGCGUAUGAGUACAACACGCUGCGGGACUUCAUCGAGACCCCAUUCUUUGUGGCAGUUCAAGUGUUCUUCACCAUCGGCUUCACGCUGCUGCUGCUCGCCUCCGUCCUGCUGCUGGCCAUGCACAUUUGCCUGCCUUCAGCGAGAACGCUGCAGUUGCUCAAGGUCGUCAUUGCCUUGCUUCUGGCAUCAGCGGUGUGCAACACGAUAGCAGUCAUAACAUUUGGCGCCCGUGGUGAUGGCCGGGACUGGAUGCCAGACCCGGACCACAACUUCCUGUCGUGGUCUUUUGCCCUGGGUGUAAUUGGGGCUUUCUGCACCUACGUUGCCGCAGUGCUGUUUGCAGUGGACAGUCGGCGCAUGGCACGCAAAUUGGACGAACAGGAGCACCAGCAACAAGCCUUUGGCAUGAAUCCAACACACACCAUGGGUGUGCCACCCCAAACCCGUGCCUGAAGUCAUCAGUGCAUCCCAUGACUUUGCUUACAUACAAUCAUGUGAGUGGAACGAAAAAGGGCCUGGCAACGCAGUGUAGCUGCAAUCUUUAGCUCUGUGCCGACAUCCUUUGUGACACCUAACGAGGACAUCUGAUCGGUUGGCUUCAAGGCCCCUAUGUUUUGCCUCUGUAGCUGACGUAGUCGAGGCAAUCUCCAACUGGAUUCCCAGAUUCUUCAAUUCAAUGCAGUCUUCUUGCACUCUGUGUUAUUUCAUUUACAUAACACAACAGGCACAUGUAGUAGGGGAGUUAGUUGGACCACACAACUUCAUCUUGUCUCGUUCGCAGUAGUUGAGGACACUGCCCAAUUUGCACCAAGAAGGGCUAGGGAGAUGUACCACAAUUUUUUACUGUAUUCAGUAGGAGCCUACCCUGAAAUAUUUCAUUCUGAAGAAGUCUUUCCUGAACCUAGCCUUUGCUUUAAGCAGCUAAAGAAAUGUGCAUCUAUCUCAUAGGGAAUAGGAUAUUCAAUCUGUCAUCAUUAAAGCAAUUAUAGAACGCUUCAACUAACCCAACGUACAAGGCUGAGUAAUAUACAAUUUUAAAGCCACUUGGAUAGCCUGAGGUGGUGUGUGAAGCUGUUGAGCCUGUGAGAACCACAGUAAAACAUAGUACCAUGUAAACUUGCACUCAAGCAAAUUUGCAAAAUCCACCUUUCAAUUGUGUUUACUUGUACAAAUUUGGGGCGGAGGUUUAGUAUACUUAUUUGUGGCACUUAAAGCAAGCUAAUGCCUCAGAAACUUGAGUGGAACAUAGUUAUCUGCUUUUAAGCUGAUCAAUUCUGUGAGUUAUAGAUUUGCAAGAGGCCUACAGAACCCUUUUUUAGACAACAGUUAUAUGGUUAACUGAUUAUUAGCUUAAUUGGGUCAACCAAUGCACCGCUGUAACUAUAAAAUAAUAAUUAAUGUGACAAGUUUUCAAGUUGGAAAGCUGCAGUAACCUAGCAUCAUUCCAAAAGGGAACACUCAUCUUCAAGAACGGUGAUGCAGGAGAGACCGCAUCCUGUUUUGUGAUUCAACUUUAUAAUACUGCAUAAUACGUCAAAAGUGGUUUUUGUAUGUCAGACAUUUUACACAAAUGAUGUAACAUUGUUUUGUCAUAUUUGUAUGGUAUGCCAUGGAUAACUAUACAAAGCAUGUCUGAAGGGAACUCAUUACAUUCUUCCAGACUGCAAUCCUUUCAUCUAAGCACUUCUCACAAGGAGUACCGUGCCUUUGUGCCUGGUGCUUACUUGGAACAAAUGUUUUUUUGUGAAACUAGGGAGCAGUUUGCCACGUCGUGCACCGACUUGCCAACUUCGAGGUUAAAUAGUGUCUGGAAGCAACAGUGUUCAGGUUAAUAGAGAGUUUUAGAAUAGGGGCCCCAAACGUUUUGGGGCCCCAAAGAAAUAGCGUCGAAGCCACUGCGCAUGCGCAAGACGCAAACUCCGUUUGGGUUUUGCGUUGGGAACGCUAUUUCACCGAUUUAGCGUGAGCCCAAAUAGCGGCCCCAAAAACUUUGCGUCGGCAAACAUGGCGGCACCCAUCGAAGCGACGGCUCUAACCUAGCACAAAACUGGGUUCGAUUCGCGGUAACGCGUGAAGUUCGCAAGCUAGGAGAAGUGACUGCGGUUAUCGCUUUGUCUCAACGAGCGUGUGUUGUGAAGAUUGACUCAUUAGACGCCGCUGAUUUUGAAUUCGAUUGUGGAUUUUAUGGCUCGUAGGCCUAACACGGCUAAGCUUGGCUGGUGAAGGCUAGUAAAGUUGGUUUGCUCAAAACUAAGCGCAACUAAUUGCUUGCUGCUUACAGAAUAACCUCUAAAUUGUAAUUAAACGCGAAUACAUGCAAGUCAAAGUUAUUAUUCCUAUCACAAAAUGGUACAUUUUAUUUAAUUAUUUCUAAUAGCUUUUCUUUGACGCCGUAGUGGCGCUGUCAGCGCAAGACGGUAUCCGCAAACGUAAAACCCUAUUCUAAAACUCUUCAGUCCUACGUGCCCCAACGCUAACACCCGCAAAGCUCUUUGGGGCCCCAAAGUAUUGGGGCCCCUAUUCUAAAACUCCCUAAUGAGUAAAGCAUUCAAAAAGAAUACAAUGCUAAGAGUUCUCACGCAAUCAUCUUCAUAAUUUGCCUGGAAAGAAAUGACAAUGGCCUAGUAUUGUAGCACAUAAAAUAAAUUCAUUUCAGUGUUUGUGCUUUCCUUAACCUGCGUCUGCAGCAGUGUUCCACGUGAAUGAAUACUGCAAUCUGACAGAAAAAAAAAAAAAGCAGACAUGAUUAGUUGGCCAUGUCUUUUUUUUUUUUGUCAUAUGAUCAGAAAUUCUUUCAAGAUAGCAUCCAAUGCAAGCUGCGCGAUUUUAACACUGCUUUGUUCCUGAGUAGUCAAAGAGUGUGUAUAAAUGUUUAAUAUGCAGUUGUAAUGUGCCUGCACAACUGAAUUUCCUGGCCAGCAUUCCAUCCAUCAAAGUAUAUUGAUGCAUAGAUCUGAUUUAUUACAGAAGGAUGCCUUUGUGUGUACCGGCAGAAAAAUAGUGCCCUUCACUAACUUGGCUAGCAUCAUUACAUUCUAUUCUUUACAUUCCAACUACAAGCUGUUUCAAUGGACCAGCAUAGCUACAAGUCAUGCACUUUGAACCUUGUAGACUGGAUUCCAGUAUGACAUCUCAUUCUCGAUAUGAAUCUCUAAGUAGUGUGCCAUCUGAUGCCUUGUCAGGAUGCCCGCACACAUUGCCACAUGUUUAGUUUGCAUUUCAUCUUACUGGAAUGAAUUAUUAUGUGAUUUUAUCAUUUGAAUCUCAGCCUGAUUGUUACACACUUGUUCGUGACUAAUAUUUAAUGUUCAUGUCAUUCCACCUUUGCCUUUUCGAAAACUUAUUGCUGGUGUGCUGCCCAUGUUUUCGUGAAGUUGUUAGAAUAUGCCUAAUUCAAGAGGAAAAAUGUUUUCUUUUUAUUGAGAAGAGUAGAUUUUGUAUUGUUUCACAGAAAAAAAUUUGAACAAACAAUUCCCACAGGACCUGUGCCUCAUUCUCUCAUCCGUCCAUUGAACUUUGUGUGCCUUCGUAUAAUCAGAGGCACUAUUUCUUUAAGGUGUUCAGAGUGUGUGUGUGCCAAUGUGCUUUUUAUAUAGAGGGUUCUGGCUGGUGCCAUGAUGCUGGAGCUUUUUGUAGGAAAAUUAUUUACACAAGUCGUGCACCAUUCUUGCACAGUGUUUUGUAUUAUCCCUGCUGUUUUGUUUCUGAGGGAACCAUUUGUAAAUAAAAUAAAUAUUGUGCCGCUUGUUGUUUUUCUGUUGCAGCCAUCUCAUAUAUGUGAAAUGCAAGCAGGAGUUAAGCAUUGCUCAAAGCAAGAAAAGAUGCCCUCAUGUCCGCACUGGGUUGUGUCUUGAGAUUGCACUUGUCAUAAACUUGUAUGGCUGUGGUGCUAGUCUCAAAUCAUUGUGCUGGCACAUGAUGGAUUUUUUUUUUCUUCCUGUUUCUGCAGAAUAAAGAUGUGAUGACC